UAAAUCUAGCCUUCCUAGUUAUGUGAUCGUGGGCAAGUCACUUAAUCCCAAUGUAUAUAUUCUAAGACAGAAGGUCAGGAUUUAAAACAAUUUUUUUUAAGGACUUGAUUAGUUUAUAGUGGGAGGUGGCAACUGAGUUGAGCUUUGAAGGGAGCUAGGGAUUCUUCUGUAGGAGGCAGAGCUUAGGAGGAACAACAUUCCAGGUAUAGGGGACAGCAUGAGCACAUUACAUCAAGAGAUGGAAUGCGAGUUAUGAAGAACAUCAGAAGGGCCAGUUUGGUUGGGAGGAAAGGUGUCUGAGCAGGACUAAUGUGCAAUCAAUCAAUAUGGCAAGGUUAACUGAAGCCCAAUUGUGAAAGACUUUAAAUGUCCAAGAGAGUUGGCAUUUUAUCCUAGAGACAACAGGAAACCACUUAGGAGUUUUGAGAAACCACUGUGAUAUGGCAUGGAUAGAGUACUGGGUUUGAGAUCAGAAGACCUUGGUGUGAAUCUUGGCUUUACCACUCCCCAGUUGUCUUCUGACUUAACAACUCACUUAAAGUACUCUGUGACUCAGUUUACUUAUCUGGAAAAACAAAUAACACUUGAGCCACCUACUUCACAAGACUGUUGAGCAAAUCAAUGAGAUAAUCUCUACAAAGGGUUUUGUAAACCACAAAGUAGGACACAAAGACCAGCAGCCAGCUGUUAUGAAAGAGGGCAAAAGCCAAGUCAUUUUCAGAUGGGCUGAAGAGCAGCAUAUUGCCAAAAAUGACUCUCUAUUGACCAGCCAGCUCGCUAUGUUUUAUGCCCACCACUGUUAGUCAGCAGGCAUUUAUAGAUGAUCCCAACAGCAACCUUGCAGAAAUGAUGAAUGAAGAGGAUGCUGUUACCUCUGUGAACAAUCUUGGAAGCAAACAAGCCCUAAGUACUGACUAUCUGGAUUCUGAUUAUCAAAAGGGACAACUGUACCUCAGCUCCCUUAACAGCGAUGAUUUCCAGGUGGCAACAUAUACCCUCACGAAUGCCGCACCUAUGACUCAAUCGUUCAUGGAAAGGUGGUACAUGAAUGUGAAUAGCUUAAUGGAUCUUGCCUUGACCCCGUACUGUGGAAAUAGGGAUGACUUGUAUGUCAUUACAGGAGCGGUGCCCUCAGAUCACAGAGUUAAGGACAAAGUGUCCAUCCCUGACUUCCUUUGGUUGGCUGCAUGCUGCGCUGGGCCUGGAGGGUGGGCUAUGGGAUUCAUCAAGCACAUGAGAGAUGGGGAUAUCAUAGAAGAUGUGAUGGUGCAGGAUCUUGAGAAGUCACUUCCACCCAAGACUCAGCUGUUCCAAGACAAUUGUGGGGAAGCAGACCAAGACACAGAGAAAAUGAAAAAAAUAUUAGAAAUGGUUAAUCAUGUCCAGGAUGAAGAGAGAAUGCUCCAGGCCAAGUCAAGCUCUGAACAAUUAUCCGGUACUCGGAACAAACGGUCUGCUCAGUUACUGCCAGACGAAACCACCGAGGGCAGUUUACUCAGAACAAUUGGCAGCAUUGUCGCUACUCCUUUCGUCAAACUUUUCCAAUUAAUAUACUACCUCAUGGUUGGAAUACUGAAAAAUGUUCUCUAUUGCAUAUGGUAUGCUACUAGGGAAUUCAUCGGUCUUUUGGAAAACGGAGUCCACAGGAUGUGUUCGGCAACAGUGUCAUACUUCAUGACCAUUGGGGAAGAACUAGUGAACAUUCCCUGGAAAGUGAUCAAGGUCAUUGUCAAAAUCAUCAGGGCCCUUCUGCGCAUCCUCUGCUGCCUACUGAAAACCAUUUGCCGAAUUCUGAGUAUCCCGAUCAGAGUCCUUGUAGACAUUGUCAGUUUUCCCAUGUACACAGUUUGUGCCAUCCCAACUGUCCUUAAAGAUAUUGCUGUGGGCCUGGGGGGCACUUUCUGUCUGGCCCUGGACACCACCUUUGGCACUAUUGGCAGCCUAUUUCAUGUGGUUUUUAGUAUCUGUAAACGAAUUGGCCCUAAGAUAUCUUAUGACAACUCUGGGGAAUUGUAGAAGGAGAAAUGGAUCAAGAGAAUCCAUCCACUGGGAUUCUGACUUUUCUUAAGAGAGAAACUGAGUGAUUCCUCUUUUCAACAUGUGGCUUCCUGCUCUUAAUUCACAUGUCAUUUUGGGCACCGAUAAUAUUGCAAAUUGACUUCGAGAUCCAAGGGGAAACUGCCUACAGUUGCAAAGAAAUGACAGUGCAGUUUAGAUUUUCUGCUAGCAAGGUGUUGAGGGCUGAAAGUUGAGGGUUAGUUAAUCUUAUGGCUCUACAGUCUAGUUUGGUGAGGUAUUUAGCUUUUUCUAUUAAUAGAGUAGGGAAAUGGCAGUUGCUAUUUCCUCAGAAAGUGGCCUACACCCAAGGAGAUAUGAUGUGGUUGCUGGUGAUAUUUGAGAGUUAAGAGAGUAAAAUGUUCAUGCAAAGUGUUUUCGAAAAACUGAGAUAAGGAGAUUUGUGCCUCUUUUUGACAUCUGAUUCUUCUCAUCUAAUCUAAUUGAACUCAAUAGAGUCUGGCAACAAAGUCCACCAUACAUAGUUUUACCUGAUUCUUGAAUCUUCUUCCAACAUAAUGAUCUUGGAUCAAGUUUUAAAACUACCAGGCUGAGGAGCUGAAAGUUUCAUUAAGCUUGGGUUAGAGGAUUGCCAAAGCCUAAGGAGAUUCCUUGGACUUUCAAAGCCCCUCCCAUUCGUGUUCUGGUUUUUAAUUUUUCUCAAUUGAUCAUCACUAUAUGAGCCCUACAGAUAGUGGAUGUUUUUGAAAAAUAUGACCUAAUGAGAUGGGAAAGUGAGUCCAGAAUUCUCUUGGCACUCAACAAGUAUAAUAUUCUUCUCUCAGACAAAUGCCCAGGAAGAAGGAGAACUCAAAAUCAAAACUCUGCUCUUGUGUAGUGUUAGAGAACUAAUGGAAUCUUUCACCAAGCCAAGAGACAGACCAGCUGAAGGGUCACCUGAAAAUCUCAUGCUGAGAGCUCCACAUCAUUAUGUAAUGACCAAAUUAACCUGGGCUUCUGUACAAUUCAAUUUAAUGAACACAUCUCCCUAUGCAUCGAGGCAAGCAUUCAAUACAACCAAAGCACUUUAAAUGAUUCCCUAAAGAGUUAUUUUGGCUAGGAAAAAAAGCUUAUAUUUAGAAGAAUUCAAGUUCAUGUAUUUUCUGUAGAGAGAAAGCUGCUAAAAAGCAUCUCACAAAACUCAAACCUUGGUUAAAAAAUAUCUUAUAGGUUUGUGUGUUUAGGACUCAUAAUACAUCUUCCUUCCAGUCAUAACCUACUAGUAAAUUAAAGACUUCCCACAAUCAUAGGUCAUGAAGCCUGAGAUCACUGCAAAUAAACAUCUCUGUUUUCCUACCUCUUCAGGAUCCAUUCAUUAGCCUGAACCAUUUAAAAAAGCAAAACCACCCUUCUCAGGACCGACUAUUUCAGAUACUGAAUCAUCACCCAUGGCAAUGACUGAAUCAUUCUGACAAAACCAAGGGGUCAGAGGAAGAGCUGUAAAUUGAGGGGAAGUUGGAUAUGAAACCUUGAUACCGGGAUGACCUGCCCUUUGCAUUCUAUCACAAAAAGUCAGAUUCAUAAAUUAAGAGUUAGGAAGGAAAACAUUUUUACUGUGGAUAUCGGGACUAGUCAUUUGCAUUGGACUGGUGGUUGGAAAAUGUUAAUGAAAUAAAAGUAGAGAGACUGAAAAAAGAUCAUUACAUUUCAUUUAAAGAGAACUGCAGCCAGUAAGGUAUCCUGAUGUGAGACUUGGAACACAAGCUUUGACAGGUUUGAGAUUGAAAGAUAUAGUCAAUAAGUUAGGGCUUUGAUUAAUUUAAUGAUGCUCAACCAAUCUUGCUUCCAUUUACUAAAAUAUACGUAGCCAACUUUCCAUUGGCAACAUGGUACAGUGGAAGGAGUCAGAGGACUUGGGUUCAAAAUCCUGGGUAAUUUACUUAGCCUGCCCUGGCCCCCAUCACUAAAAUGAAAGGGUCGGACUAGGUGACUUUUGAGAUGCUUGCUGGUUCUGAUUCUAUGAUCCUAUGAACUAUGAAAGUGUUCAUAGGGAGCAAGGAAUGCUGAUUUUUUUAUGCUGUAUAUUGAUAAAACUGAUUCAUAGAAUUGUAGGAAGAGGAAGCAAUAUAAUCAAUGAAUUUUAGAACUGAAAGGGACAUCCCCCUUUUAUAAAUGAGGAAAGUGAAGCCCACAGAAAAGUAUAACCAAAAUCACACAGCUAAUUAGUGGUAGGGUCAUGAUUAGAACCUGGGUAUCUACCAGAUACCCCUACCAGUCUUAUUCUAUUACUCCAGUGCUCACUACUGGUUUUUGUAGUCCAAGAAGAAAAGGUGACUUUCUCCAGGUUCUAUGAAGGUGAACCUUUUGUAUUCUCCCCUGAAAGUUUACUGAUCCCAUCUAGCUACAACACAUGACUGACCCAAAGGUAGUGUUUGGGCCUGGCUCCCUUCCAAACUUGUCUACUAACUAAAUAAUGAUUUAUUUAACUCUCGAGUUCCUUGUAUCACACAAACUGUGGCCUUCCUAGGAAAGAACACUGAAAAAAGUGAAGGAAGUAAAAUGCCUUUAGAGUUAAAGAAACAGGGCAGCCAUACUUGAACUGAGCAUGUCUACUGUAAUUGGUGAUUCUUUCUGCUUGUUAAGAUUAGCUUGCUGUUGUCAUGAAGCCCUGGCAAGAGAUCAGAUUGGGGAAUAGCACAAACACCAUCUUUUUGUUUGAGCUUUGACUGAAGGGGGAACUUGAGAUUGCAAAUCUUACUUCCGUCAACAAAAUAAGGAUUUUGUUGGUGCCCUUCCAUGUUCAUUGUAGCUUUGUGGAAGGAUUGUUUCUAUGUGGUUUUAUUUUAUUUUAUUAUUUAGUGGGAGGGGGAGUUCCAGAUUUUUGAUCCUUUCAGCGUAUGGAAUCCCUGGUGUAGAAACUCCCUACAUCUAAGCAAUGGACACCUGUUACAUAAAUAGCCUUAGAAUUUAAAUAACAACCCAAAUCACAUGGCUUAGACUGUCGUAAAUGUCAGAAACAACACCUGAACCCAGAUCUUCUUGCUGCCCAAACUGGCCUUCUGUCUACGCUGUCAAGCUGUUUCUCAAGGUCCUGUUGAAAAAGCCUUAUGUGCAGUUUGGGCAUUAUCUAGACCUUUUAUCUCUCUUCCUUUUCCCUGGUCCUGCCCAACUUUUGGUUAGCUCAUUCUCUGGGUAGCAUUUCCAACUGAUGAUGGACCAGGAGACUGAAGACAAGUCAGAGGAAGGGGAGGCACAGUACUUACCAAGUGACAAUUUGACCUUUUUGAGUUUACAGCUCAAGAUUCAAGUUAUAGUACAGAAUACCCUAUGGGAACUCAAACAAAUGCUUUUUGACUGACUGCAGCUUGUUAGGGAGUCGGGUGAAAAGUUGCCUGGGGAAGGAAGCCGCUAACUCAAUUAUGUUUGGAAAUUGCCUGUCGAUUUCAUCUACCCAUAUUCUCCGUCUUCCAUUUUAACUCAAACAAAGCACUGAUUUCUAAACACAUUUUCUAUUUAUUUUGCUUCAAAAUUUGGGAGCAUUUGUGAAGAAAAGAGAGUGACUCUAAUGCAAGUGGCACAUAUUAGAAUCACUUUUCAAAGCCAUUUCUCUGGGAAAUCAUCUUUGGCUCAGCCAUUUCAGAAAUAACACAAUAUUUGUGACCUGUUUCCUGUGAACAAGACUUUAAGGGCUCUUUCCUCCAUAGAUUCUGCCCUGCAUCAACAGCAAAGCUGAUGUCUAUCUUUACUUAUUACUAAAACUCCCAGUGUCUGAAGGGUGAAGGCAAGAUCUCUAAAAGAAAUUGGACUUCUCUGGGGACUUGCAGCUCAGUCUUACUUCUUUGCAAAUGACAGAGGUAAGGGCAGGAAAUCUUGGCUGCUUCCCCAGUGCCAGCUGGGACUGGUGUCUCAUUGUGUGUUGUUCUGGGUUUGGCAGCUGAUCAGGAUACAGUAAAUGUGACAAAGCAACAACAACAACUUGCUGGUGACUGUUUCAUAAUAUUCAUUACAAUGUAGGUCUCCAUCUACCACAAGAUUUUCAGUCCUUUCUGGGCAGGCAUUUUGCAUGGUUUAUUGAUAGGUAACUGGGACCAUGGCAAGCCCACCCAAAUUAACAACAAUAACAACAUGGCAAAGAACAGCUUGGGUUUUCUCUGUUCUUAUUUGUGCUUAAAUAUGGUAUAAGCUUGACUUUGUUACUGGCAACCACAUAGUAAAUAAAAAUAAAAAAAUAAUUAUUAAUAAUAAUAAAGAGGCUUUUUAAAAAAUUGAGACAAUGAAUCUCCUCUUGAUAAUCACCUGAACCAAAGGGCAGCAGCAACAAUUAAAUCUGAAUUGAACUGAAACCUUGUGGCUCCUCUUCCUUGAUCCCUUAUGCUAUUUAGAAAGCUUACUGUCUUAAUUUAGUUAUAUGAUACAAAGAUCACAGAAUCAAAGAUUCUUAGAGCUAGAAUGGCACUAGACAUAAAACAUAAUAGCAGGAAGAAUGCUGGCUUGGGAGUUGACAGAUUUACUUUGAACUCCCAGUUCUGCUACUUAACACCUCCGUGUCCUUAGAGACUUUGGGGCCUCAGUUUACCAUCUAUAAAUAAGAGGUUGAACUAAAUGAUUUCUAAGGAUCCUUUAAAUGUAGCUAGAUAAUAUUAAUGGUGUGAGCAUAGGACUUAAGAGUCUUAUUGUGGUUUGUUGUUUGGUUGUUUCAAUUGUGGACAACUGUUCAUGAUCCCAUAUGUAGUUUUCUUGAAAAAGACACAGGACUGGUUUGUCUCCAGCUCAUUUUAGAGAUGAGGAAACUGAGGCAAACAGGGUUAAGUGACUUGCUAGGGUCACACAGGUAGUAACUGAGCUUAGAUUUGAACCCAGGUCUGCCUAACUCCAGAUCUGGCCAUUCUAUCUAUUGAGCCACCUAGUUGCCUAAAUCUAUUUACUGGCAUUUAAUUAGCUCGGUGACCCUGCAUUAUAAACUUGUCUCUAAACCCCAGUUUCCACAAUUGUAAAAUGGGAUUAAUUGCAGUCCUUUCCUCAGAGGUUGUUGUGAGUAUCAAAUAAGAUAGGGUAUGUAAUGUAGUAUAUAAAAGCUACCUAUUAUCAUUGAUCCAACUCCAUCAUUUAAAGAGGAGGAAAAAUCUGGCCUCAGAUACAGCCCAGUGUGACCCUGGGCAAGUCACUUAAUCCCAAUUUCCUAGCCCUUGCUGCUCUUCUGUCUUCAAAUUGAUGCUAGGAGAGAAGGAAGGGGUUUUUAAAACUUAAAAAAAAAUAAUAAACAAGGAGGAACAAGAAAUCCCCUGUGAGGGUUGUUGUUGACUGUUGUUGACCAGCCCAAGUCACAUAGUUGGUAAGGAGCAGAGCUGUCAGUUGAAUUUAGGACCCUAAGUCUAGUGCCCUGCCCAAUAUAUGAGACUAUCAUGCAGCAAAUUUGAUCAAAAUCAGUAAGUCCAUUCAAAAAUCAAGGGGAGAAAAAGAAGCCCUGAACUUGGAAUUCCCUUAUCUGAGUACGAAUUUCUCUGUUUUCUUUAGUUGUGCUUGACUGUGGCAUUCAAGACCUUUUAGUGACUCUAGAAUCACUGGUGAUAUAAGAUAAGAAAAUUAUUCAACCCCUUGAGCCUCAGUGUCUUCAUCUGCAAAAUGGGGUUGAUGAUGUUUCAUCUAUAAUAUACUGCUUUCCUCAUAGCAUUAUUAUGAAGAAAGACUUGUGAAUUAUUAUUAUUACUGUUGUUGUUGUUGUUGUUCCAUAUGGUGUAAUGGAAUGAUUGUAUAGAUUAAAUAAUCCUAACCUGGCCCACUCACUAGUGUGGACCAAUGUUCAGGAUAAACAGGAAUAUUUUUUGUUCAUUUCUCUGAAGUAAAAGAGGUACAUCUGGAAUGUUGAGAGGCCAGACCUGAUCUAAUUUUAUUAUUCUUGAAGCUUGAUGUGAUGACAGUCUGAGCAUCACAUAUCAUGAGACCAAGGUUACAGGUAUAACUUGUAACAAGAACCAUUUCUUACAUGGUGUAUCACUUUUUUGACUCCUACUAGAAUGUAAGCUCCUUGAGGGGAGAGGCUAUAUUUGCUUUUAUAUUUGUACCCUCCCUUUUUAGCAUGUUGUUCAGCACAUAGUAAGUGCUUAAUAAAUACAUUUCCAUCCA